AUGUAUAAAAAACAUUGUUUUACGAAUAUAAAAUAUCUCCUUGUGGUUAUAAUUUUAGUUAUAACCUUUGUAAGAAUGGAGGAAAAACAAACUAACAGAUUGGAUACCAUAUCUCCUAAGAAAUUAAAAGAUGAAUUAUCCAAAUCACAUGGAGCAAAUCAAAUGGUAUAUAAUAUUAUUUCUGAAGGAUUAAAGGAAGAUGUUGAACCCGGAAAAAAAUAUACAAAAGAAGAGGUAGAAAAACACAACAAGGCUACUGAUGCUUGGGUCAUUUAUAAGAACAAAGUUUAUGAUGUGACAUACUAUCUUAAGUAUCACCCAGGAGGAGAAGAUAUAUUGCUAGAACGAGCAGGAACUGAUGUUACCGACUUAGUUUUUGCAUAUCAUAGUUGGGUGAAUGUUGAAAAAAUAUUAGAAAAUACUUAUCUUGGGGAUAUUAUCGAAUAA